GAAGUUCGAGGGUACGCUUUUGGCGUCAUAUAGGUGGCAGUGCAGAGAGUUCUAGUUUCACAGGUUCCGACCUUCUCCCACCGUUCUUUGGGUGUAAACUUCCCCAGAUUUUAAUUCUUUUAAACUGCCAGCGCCCUAAAUGGCCACUGAAAAGGAAAAAGGAACAUGCUGAGACAUCAGCCUGCAUCCCUGCGCAUGUGCAGUGACCUGAGCUGCGAGUCCUGGGCGUGGCCUGAGCGUGGAUACUUCGCGCUUGCGCUCCUCUCGCUCCGUGCGGCUGCUGCCGGGAGGCUCCUGGAGUAUGUCGGCCCCGUUUGAGGAGCGCAGUGGGGUGGUUCCGUGCGGGACGCCGUGGGGCCAGUGGUACCAGACCUUGGAGGAGGUGUUCAUUGAAGUUCAGGUGCCGCCUGGCACUCGCGCCCAGGAUAUCCAGUGCGGCCUGCAGAGCCGGCAUGUGGCGCUGGCCGUGGGUGGUCGCGAGAUCCUCAAGGGCAAGCUCUUUGAUUCAACAAUAGCUGAUGAGGGAACAUGGACUUUGGAGGACAGGAAAAUGGUCCGUAUUGUUCUUACAAAGACAAAGAGAGAUGCAGCCAAUUGUUGGACUUCUCUUCUGGAAUCUGAAUAUGCAGCUGAUCCUUGGGUGCAAGACCAAAUGCAGAGAAAACUUACAUUAGAGAGAUUCCAGAAGGAAAAUCCUGGUUUUGACUUCAGUGGAGCAGAAAUCUCAGGAAACUACACUAAAGGUGGACCAGAUUUCUCAAAUCUUGAAAAAUAACUACUGCUUUUCUUUUGCUGCAUUCUGUGGAUCCCAGCAAAGUUGCCAACGUAAAGGAACAGAUUAUGUGGGGGAAGGAAAAUGUGGAUACCUGCAGUUAACAAAUUGCAAAAUAGAUUUAACUAUGGUUCUAAAAUUGCAUUCAAAUAUCAUUUACAUAGGAAACAUCUUAAAUACUGUGGAAACUAUUCUACUGAUAGAGAGUAACUUUUUUUGGACUUGUUUUUUUGCUCAGCAUGAAGUUUUAUAUGCUGCAUUUUACUAAUUUCAUAUUUAACCUGUAUUUUUAAUACAAAAAACAUUAGGGUCUAGAUCAUGUGAAAUGACCAGUGCCUUCAGGGACAAUUAAAUUUUUCUUUCAAUAAGUGUAAUGCAGGAAUAAUGUUCAAUAAACUUUUCUAAAUAGGAA